UCUCAGUUGUCCUGGCCAGCAGAACCCCUCAGAAGCUCUUUGCAGCCAUGGGGCCCCCUCAGCUUGUCCGUGCCCCUCGGCCUCGGGGCAUGAGUUCUCCUUACCCCAGGCCAGGUACAGGUGGGCCCCGGAGCCGGUGUCUCAGAAUGUUCAAGUGUAGCCGGAGGACAUACCGGCAGAAACCCCGAGCCCCAGCUGCCACCAACCUUGCCACUGUGACCACAAACAUCAGUGACACCAACAAUACUACCACCAGUGUGUGGAUCCUCUCACCACAAGUUCUCAGACACCUCUGUCAACCUGGGGGCUUUCUAAUCCUCUAGAAAUGCCCAGAAGCUUGUCUUGCACUGGACCUGCUCCUCCAGAGGGCUGUCAGCGGUGAACAACAAAUACAAUCAUUCUGCUUAA